AUGGCUGCAAAAUCACCAGAAGAGGAGCACCCUGUGCCGACCUUCGGAUGGGCAGCUAGAGACUCAUCUGGUGUACUCUCACCCUUGAAAUUCUCCAGAAGGGCAACGGGAGAGGAGGAUAUAAGAUUUAAAGUACUUUAUUGUGGCAUCUGUCACACAGACUUUCACAGGAUCAAGGAUGACUGGGGUGGAACAAAAUAUCCUGUUGUCCCCGGGCAUGAGAUUGUGGGUGUAGCUGCAGAGGUAGGAAGCAAGGUAACAAAAGUCAAAGUUGGAGACAAAGUGGCAGUGGGGUGCUAUGUUGGGUCAUGUGGUUCUUGUGACAAUUGUGCCAAUGACCUUGAAAAUUACUGUCCCGAAAAGAUAAUUACCUACAACGCUACUUAUCAUGAUGGAACCCGCACAUGUGGGGGGUUCUCUAAUGAAAUGGUUGCAACUGAGCACUUUGUGGUUCGUGUUCCAGAGAAAUUGCCACUUGCUGGUUGUGCUCCACUAUUCUGUGCUGGGAUCUCCGUGUACAGUCCACUGAGAUACUAUGGUCUUGACAAACCGGGAAUGCACUUGGGAAUUGUAGGCCUUGGUGGACUUGGUCAUGUGGGUGUGAAAUUUGCAAAGGCUUUAGGGCUGAAAGUGACAGUUAUCAGCACCUCCCCUAACAAGAAGGACGAAGCUAUUACUCAAUUUGGUGCUGACUCGUUUCUAGUUAGCAGUGACCAAGAGCAAAUGAAGGGUGCUAUGGGCACUUUGGAUGGUAUUAUUGAUACAGUCUCUGCUGUUCAUCCCAUCAGGCCGUUGGUUAAUCUUUUGAAGUCUCACUCAAAGCUUAUUCUUCUUGGGGCACCAAACAAGCCGGAUGAACUAUCGUUCUUUCCUUUACUUAUCCUCGGAAGAAAGAUGGUGGGAGGAAGUGCAGCUGGUGGAUUAAAGGAGACCCAAGAGAUGAUUGAUUUUGCGGCAAAACACAAUAUCACUGCUGAUGUUGAGAUUAUACCAAUGGAAUAUGUGAACACAGCAAUGGAUCGUCUCCAUAAGAAUGAUGUGAGAUACCGAUUUGUCAUAGAUGUCGGAAACACCCUGGCUGCCCCCUGAUCUACAAAUUCCAGGACUACCUACCAAGUAUUUUACCAAUUUUUUGCGUGGCUCGUUGCUAGUGUGGGCCUCAGAAAUUAUGGUGUUUGUAUUGUAUUGUGUGCGAGAUCGUAUAUAGUUGGAAAGUGCUUGUAAGUUAAUUUUGAGAGAAUAAUGACAGCCACCACAUUUGAGUUGCUGGCUUUGAACUCUGAAUUUACCUCUACGCAAUGCUUAAGAAUAUUUGGGAA